AUGCAAGAACCACACCUCCUCUUUGUCCCGGACAGAGGACCCUUCCGUCCACUCCAUCACCGUCCGGCUCUCCCCCCAUUCAUCUGGACCCAACGAGCCCCCUCCUCGGCUCCGGCUCGGGGGGGGCUGGAAAAGGUCGUCCUGGUCCGGGAUCGGCGAGUCUGUGACCCCGCCCACGUGGUCAGCGGAGCGGUCAGCCAGGAAAUGGACGUGAUCCCGGCUCGCCUCACCCCGGCAACGGGACGGUCGGGGGAGCGGUCUCUGGAGAACGGCCCAGAAGAUGAGUAG